CUCUCUAUAAAGUCUAUUUGCGCAAGGAACUCAGAUCAGUUUGUGCUACGUAAUCAGACGAUUCAGACGCUGUGUGGAUAGAAAUUGCCGGUCGUGACUCAUCCAUACCUUGCAGAGCUGAGUUCUUCCGAUCGUCAGCAUGGAGGCACUGCUCAAUAGUCAGUGCGCGACGCAAAGCCUUGGACCGGCAAACCAACUUUUCGCUAUGCUGCUCCAAACGAUUAUGGCAGCACAGUGUAGCAUUUCACCACCGGAUAUGUGGCCCAAGGAUUACGGUCCAACAGCUCUCAACGAAGGUCUCCAGGAGUACGAUUUCAUUGUAGUGGGUGCAGGUUCGGCUGGUUCCGUUGUGGCUAAUCGAUUGUCGGAAAAUCCAGACUGGAAGAUUCUGCUAUUGGAAGCAGGAGGGGACCCACCGAUAGAAUCCGAGAUUCCGUUGCUAUUGAUGCACUUGUCUAAUAGUAGUCACGUGUGGAAUUACUACGCCGAAAAAAGUCCAUCCGCUAGCAAAGGUUAUAAAAAGGGAAGCUAUUGGCCACGCGGAAAAAUGCUGGGAGGAUGCAGCAGUAACAAUGCAAUGCUCUACGUGCGUGGUAAUAGCCGGGAUUAUGAUCGCUGGGAAGAGUUAGGAAAUCCGACAUGGAACUGGAAGAAUGUUUUGGAAUAUUUCAAAAAGUCCGAAGGUAACGAAGCGUAUCAUAUUCAACAGGAAAAGGGUGCCUUCCAUGGAACCGAUGGACCACUGAAGGUGAAUACGUUCAUGUCCAAUGAUAUGACUAAAAUGGUUAUUACGGAGGCAGCCGCUGAACUUGGACACAUUGAAAUUAUGGAUGUAAACAGUGACGAAUUCAUAGGAUAUUGCGUUGCACAGGGUACGGUAAAGGAUGGAAAAAGAUACAGCACUGCGAAAGCCUUCCUGAAUCCCGCGAAAGACAGGACGAACCUGCAUAUCAUUAAACAUGCUCACGUCACUAAAAUCAACAUUGAAAAUGGAAUUGCAACCGGUGUCUCUUUCGACAUAGGAGAAAACAAAGAUAUUGUAGCAAAAGUAAAAAAUGAAGUCGUCCUUUCCGCCGGAGCUAUCAAUUCUCCUCAAGUUUUGAAGUUAUCUGGAAUUGGACCUCAAGAAGAAUUGAAUAAAUUCAAUAUUCCUGUGUUGCACGAUUCCCCACAUGUGGGUCAAAAUCUCCAAGAUCAUAUAGUCGUACCCCUAAUGUUAUCUAUGCAUAAAUCUCGUCCCAUAACAGUCAAUUUUGAUGAACUGAUGGACAACAUCUAUUCCUACUUCCGUUACGGAAUGGGACCUCUUGGAUCAAUUGCGUCUACGGAUCUCAUCGCAUUUGUUAACACACAUAACCCAGCAGCAAGAUUUCCUGACAUUCAGUACCAUCAUUUCGUUUUCAAGGCGAAAAUGGCUGACUAUGCAUCGAUUCAAGAAAAAUUCGGUUUAGAAGACUAUAUUGCAGCACAACUCUUAGAAUUGAACAAAGAGGCUGAAGUUCUGCAAGUUUUCGUCACCCUGCUGAAUCCCAAGUCCUCGGGCAGCGUUAAACUGAGAAGUUCAAAUCCAUAUGACGCACCAAUCAUCGAUGCCAAUUACCUGUAUGACCACCGGGAUGUGGCAACUCUGAUUAGAGGAAUCCGUUUCUUCCGUAAAAUGCUCAAAACUGAAAACUUCAAGCAACACGAGAUUGAAGAGUUUCGUCUAAAUAUUCCGGAAUGCGACAUGUUGGAAUUCGAAUCUGACAGCUACUGGGAGUGUUACAUGCGAUACAUGUCCACCACGAUCUACCACCCGGUGGGAACGGCCAAGAUGGGUCCCGAUAGCGAUCCCAGUGCCGUAUUGGAUUCGAGACUGAAGCUACGUGGCGUUGAAGGACUAAGAGUGGUUGAUGCAAGCAUCAUGCCAAACAUUGUCAGUGGUAACACCAAUGCACCAACCAUCAUGAUCGGCGAAAAGGGAGCCGAUUUCAUUAAGGAGGACCAUGCCAAAAAAAAACCUCACGUUGAGCUGUGAAGUUGUGCGUAGAGAUGCGGCAGCUGAGAUGAAACUGAAGUUACCAACUUCGCAUUAGAAGUGGCUAUAACAUAACGCCAUACAGCAGUAUCUUGUCAUAAUAUAACCGGUUUAACCCUCUCCUUCCCAUUUUAGCACAGGUGAUCCACAACUUUUCGGUCCGUCUCAUGUUUGUCAAUCUACCGUUAAAUGGUCAGUACUUGUUUAAACUUCUCUGUGCGCUCAUAAUCCUUACCGACUUGUAUUCUUGAGUCAAUUAAAAAACUAUAGAUUAAAAAAAUGUAAUGGAUUCGAACUGAAACAUUUUUUGUUCUACCACUUUUAUAAAAAACGUAUUAUUGGAUCUCAAAAUAACGAUAUAUACCUUUUGAGAAGGAAUGGGUUAAAUGAUUGUUUCUACUAAAGUAUAUUUUCCUAUAAAGUUGUGAAAAUAAUUAGACGAUUUGAGUGUGGUGAACAAUAUGAAUGUGCAAUAAAGAAAAAAAUGUAUAGUCAUUGAGUUUAUAAUCCGAAACUGAAAAACGUUUCCUAAAAAGAAGGUUGUUUGAAAAAAACUGU